CUGGUAAUUUGAUUUGCGACAUGUACGUACACAGGGAGAUGAACAGUGAUUACCCCACAGGUGGGCAAAGCCCCGGUGAAAAAGAGACGGAACCACCACCUGCAAACGCUGCAAUCGCCAUGUAUCAUCAAAGUCCUGCGGCGUCACGACUGUCAAGUAGUUUACUGACGCUGCCUAAAGAGUUACCGGCUUUCUGUGCGUCCAACCACGGCAUGCUCGUGAUGAACCCGGAGUUGCUGAAUUCACGUGCCGGUUCUCCUUAUUAUUCGGAGACACACAUCGAUAAUCUUAACAAUAAACGGAAGAAACCUGCGAUCAAAACAAGGCAGGAACGCUUCGCAGGUUCCGGAACCGUGUGUCCAAUGGGCAGUGGUGCCAGUAGACUCUACAGCUCCCUGGCCCAGACCCUAGUCAACAACAACACCACUACCACGCCCCUGGCCCAGCACCCCUCCCCCUCACAGGGGUGUCAUUCUCCCCCGGGGGGGCACCCCCUGGAGCUGCUGAGGGAGUGUGAGGAGGCUCUACGGGACAGGCCUCCUCGCCUCCUCAGAGCCUUCAUCUGCCCCGGGGAGGGAGAGGUGGACAGGGAGGAAGUGGACAACGAUGCCACCCAGAGGACCAUCAGAGUUAUGCAGUGGAACAUACUGGCUCAAGCUCUAGGUGAAGGUAUGGACAGUUUCGUCAACUGUCCCCUGGAAGCCCUGAACUGGGCGGAGCGUAAAUACCUCAUCCUAGAAGAGAUCCUCACCUACCGACCUCACAUCCUGUGUCUACAGGAAGUCGACCACUACUACGACACCUUCCAGCCAAUCCUGGCCAGCCUGGGUUACCGCGGCAACUUCUGCCCCAAGCCCUGGUCUCCGUGUUUGAAUGUGGAGGGCAACAACGGUCCGGAUGGAUGUGCUCUGUUCUACGAUGAAGCCCGGUUGGACUUGGUGGAUAGUGUGAAUGUCCGGCUGUGUGCCCUUUUAACACCCACCAACCAGGUGGCGGUCGUCACGACGCUGCGUUGCAGGGUGACAGGCCGGCGGCUGUGUGUUGCCGUGACGCACCUCAAAGCCCGGAGCGGCUGGGAAUGUCUCCGUAGUGCCCAGGGUUCCGACCUUCUCCGGAACCUCGCCACCCUCACCCAAUCCCCAGACACCCCUCUCCUCGUCUGCGGCGACUUCAACGCUGUGCCUUCAGAGGACGUCUACCAGCGUUUCGCAUCGUCACCGUUGAUCCUUGACUCCGCCUAUAAACGGUUAAGCCGGGACGGGCUUUCGGAACCGGCCUACACCACGUGGAAGAUCCGGCCGACGGGAGAGUGCUGCACCACAUUGGAUUAUAUCUGGUACUCUAGAGAAGCUUUCAGUGUGGACGCAGUGUUGGAUAUGCCUACAGAGGAACAGAUUGGCCCCAACAGGCUUCCGUCGUACAACUACCCCUCCGAUCACCUCUCGCUGGUGUGUGACUUCAGCUUUAAAAAGCAGCAGGAGGAGUGAAGAGGAUCAUAUGGACUCUUGACAAUUCGAGGGACGGAGGGAACAGAACGAGGGACGGAGGGAACAGAACGAGGGACGGAGGGAACAGAACGA